AUGGCAGGUAUUGAUGUCUCAGCAUAUGAUCAUAGUCCUGUGCACAAGGCUGUAGUAUUGAAGGAUCAUAUUGCUCUUGUUGAGAUACUUGGAAAUCUCCCAAAACUAUGCAACCCUUUUGAGAUUAAAACUGAGGCUGAGUCAAUAGCUGAGGAUGAGAAGGCUGCAACCAUCUCUCUUGUGGUGGAUAGGAGGGAUGUACCAAAUGGUGACACCCCUCUUCACUUGGCUGUAAAGGAGGGUGAUUUUAUUGCAACUGAGAUGCUCAUGGAUGCUGGGGCAAAUGGUAGGUUGAAGAACAGGGAAGGGUGGACCGCUCUUAGAGAAGCCAUCAUUCACAAACAAGAUAAAAUAGCAAUGGUUAUAAUAAGGAACUAUUGGAAUGACUAUGACAAAAAGUAUUAUAGAAGGUUGCCUAGGUAUAUAGGGACUAUGAGAAGGAUGAAGGACUUCUACAUGGAGAUUACAUUCCAUUUUGAGAGUUCUGUGAUACCUUUCAUCUCAAGGAUUGCACCUUCAGACACUUACAAGAUUUGGAAAAAGGGUGGGGAUAUGAGAGCCGAUAUGACUUUGGCUGGCUUUGAUGGUUUGAAAAUGAAGAGGGCAAAUCAGAGCAUUCUUUUCCUUAGUGAUGGUACUAAAGAUGAUCAGAGGAGAUACCCAGGAUCGCUGUUCAGAGUCUCACACGAAGAGAAGGAAGUAGUUGUGUUUUCACCUACCAAAGUUGCUCCCACUGAUAGACAGGUUAAGAACACAUUGAAUAAGAAGUCUAGGACUGACUCAGUAAGGAUUGGGAUUGAUGUGAGUGAGGCACUUCUUGUUCCCCAGGUAACAUGGAGGGGAAAGGAGAGGAAAGAAACGGUGGGGCCAUGGAAAGCUAAGGUGUAUGACAUGCAAAAUGUGGUUCUUAGUGUGAAAUCCAAAAGGGUCCCUGGAGCUCCACCUCUUGAGCCCAAGCAGCCUUGCAAGGAAAAGAAGAAGAAGGACAGUGUCGUUUUGACAGAAGAAGAAAAGAAGCAAUUGGAAGCUGCAAUGAAUUCAACAGAUGACAAUGGCACAGGUCACAAGAGUCAUCAUGCAAAGAAAGAAAAGAAAGCAAAGUCUGGUGGACAUAAAGACCACAAGAAGAAAAACACAAAUGCACCCUCUGAGAAUUCUGCUUCCCAGAAGGGUGAAAGCCAGUUUAAGAGAGGGAUGAUGCCUGCUCUUUGGCUCUCCCAAAACUUUCCCCUUACAAUUGAUGAAUUGCUACCUAUGCUUGACAUUCUUGCAGAAAAACUUAAAGCAGUUCGUCGGUUAAGAGAACUCCUUACAACAAAACUUCCAAAGGAAUCCUUUCCAGUAAAGGUAGCCAUCCCUGUGGUAUCCACUGUUAGAGUAUACGUGACUUUCACAAAGUUUGAAGAACUACAACCUGAAAAUGAAAAUGAAAAUGAAAAUGGAGAUGAGUUUGAAUCAGCCCCAUCAAGUCCUACUUCUGGCCCAAAGAACCAAGAAGAGGAAGAAAAUUCCUCCAACACAUCAUCAUCAUGGUUUCAGUGGAUAAAGACCCCUUCUAGAUCUAGUUCAUCAAGUGUGGAAUCUGGUAGUAGGUUGUUUGAUGAGCAGGACUUGUUUGCUAUUCCCCCUGGUUACAAAUUCGUUACUAUUGAAGAAAAGUUAAAAAAGAAAGGAAUAGAAUAG